AUGAACCGCCCAUCGCGAACCGAUGAGCCCUACGAAGGGGAGGGCUACAACCAGAGCCCGAACCCGCUGUCCAAUGAUUUGACCACGAACGAGGACCUCAACGGCACAGUGAAUGCCAGGCAGUUGAACGCGGGCAGUAGCCAGGAUAAAUCUGCUGCCGAUGACGCCGACAUAGCCCGAGCUGACCCGAGCCGGGACAAAGACGGGGGCCCGGCGCCGGGAGGCCUUUCGGCCAAGACAAUCAUUCUUGGUCGACCCUCGGGAGAUGGGGCCGACGCGGCCCCUCUCCCUCACGCUCACUCACAGAUCCCUCCGUCCCCUAGCAGCACUGUGCACGAUGACAAGGAGCAUUCGGAUUUGGUGGCUCGGGCGAAGAAGGCGCUCAUGAAGUUCGGUUCCUUCGUGGGGCCGGGCUUCAUGAUUGCCGUCGCGUACAUUGAUCCUGGAAACUAUGCCACGGACGUCGCCGCCGGCGCGACCUAUCGCUUCCGACUGCUUUUCAUUGUCCUCUUGGCCAACUUGUUUGCCAUCUUCCUUCAGAGUCUUUGCAUCAAGCUUGGCACCGUCACUGGACUCAACCUGGCUGAAGCCUGUCGGGCCUUCUUGCCUCGCUGGUUGAACUAUGCCCUGUACAUCUUUGCAGAGGUUGCCAUCAUCGCAACCGACAUUGCCGAAGUGAUUGGCUUUGCAGUAGGAUUGAACCUUCUGAUUCCUGCCAUCCCGCUGGUAGCUGGCUGUGCCAUCUCGAUCUUGGAUGUAAUGGUUAUUUUGUUCUUCUACCGACCGCAUGGAUCCAUGAAAGCCCUGAGAACGUUCGAGUACUUCAUCGUAGGCUUGGUCAUGGCAGUAGUCGUUUGCUUCUGCAUCCAGCUGUCUCUCAUUCAAGAGACGCCUGUUGGAGAUGUCUUCGAAGGAUACCUGCCCUCCCAUGCCAUUGUCGAGGCUAAGGGUCUCUACCAAGCUUGCGGUAUUCUGGGCGCGACGGUCAUGCCACACAGCCUUUACCUCGGCUCAGGUAUCGUUCAACCCCGUCUUCGAGAGUACGACACGAAGCACAACCUUCUGCCGCCUGGAGUGGACGAGACAGACUUCGCAGACGGAAACACCGACAAGGGCUACUACGUGCCCUCCGCGAGAGCCAUCAAGCAUUCGCUCAAAGUUUCUAUCGCCGAGUUGAGCAUUUCGUUAUUCACCUUUGCGCUCUUCGUCAACUCGGCUAUCCUGAUCGUUGCCGGAGUUUCGCUGUACAAUAACCCGGACGCUCCCGACGCCGACAUUUUCAGCAUCCACAAGCUCCUCAAGGACUCCAUCUCGCCCGCAGCAGCGACCGUCUUUGCCCUCGCCUUGCUUCUCUCCGGCAUUUCUGCCGGAGUAGUCUGCACGAUCGCGGGCCAGAUGGUCAGUGAGGGAUCCCUCAACUGGAAGAUGCGGCCCUGGCUGCGCCGGCUCGUGACCCGCAGCAUCAGCAUCAUUCCCAGCGUCAUCAUCGCGGGAGCUGUUGGUCGCAAGGGAAUCAGCCAGGCCCUGGAUGCUUCGCAAGUCGUCCUCAGUGUUGUGCUCCCGUUUGUCACGGCACCGUUGAUCUACUUCACCUGCUGCAACAAGUACAUGACGAUCCGCGCCGGCGGUGCUCGAUUCCGAACUAGCUCCGAUGAGGAAGACUCCAACACCAGAGACGGGGGCUAUGUGGUUAAGAUGGCGAACUCGUGGUACACUGCGGCCUUUGCGAUCUUGACCUGGCUUGUCAUGGCGGUCAUGAACGUGGCCAACUUGGUUCUGCUUGGAAAGGGUGUGUGA